AUGGACCAGAUUAUCCUGAUGAUAGCAGAUGACAUGGCAUGUAAUCCUAGAAAUCCAAGGCCAGCUAUGGUGUUCAAUAAUGCCAAUGAACAGAUCAAUGUGUAUGGCCAUGAUGUGGAAGUGGACUAUAGGGGAUAUGAGGUGACGGUUGAGAACUUCAUCAGAGUAAUGACUGGACGGCUUCCUCCCAGCACCCCGCGCUCCAAACGACUCCUCUCUGAUGACAGAAGUAACAUUUUAGUCUACAUGACUGGUCAUGGUGGUGAUGGUUUCUUGAAGUUCCAAGAUGCAGAAGAAAUCUCCAGUAUUGAGCUGGCUGACGCCUUUGAACAAAUGUGGCAGAAACAGAGGUAUCACGAGGUGUUAUUUAUAAUUGACACAUGUCAGGCAGAAUCCAUGUACCAGAAGUUGUACUCCCCAAACAUACUGGGCGUGGCUAGCAGCAGAGUGGGGGAGGACUCCUUGUCUCACCAUGUAGACUCUGCUAUUGGUGUCUAUGUCAUAGACAGAUACACAUACUAUGCUCUGGAGUUCUUGGAGAAAGUGACACCAGAAAGCAAGAAAACUCUUAGUCAAUUUUUAAAAGUGUGCCCAAAGUCUGCCUGUGUAUCUACAGUGGGAGUGAGGACAGACCUGUUUCAGCGAGACCCUAAGAAGGUGCUGGUGACGGAUUUCUUUGGCAGUGUGAGGAACGUGGAAUUGUCACCAUACACUGUGACACUGAAUGAUACUGGUGAUACUGGUGAUAGUGCAGCAUCUGACAGGGAAACUUGCAGUGCUGAUUCCUGUGCUCAGAAAAAGAAAAUACAAAGGAAAAAGAUGUCAUAUGUGGACCAGUUUCCAGUAGAACAGUUUUUAAAGAGGAGGUGAUAUUAUAAGGAGAAAUAUUUGAGGGGUUUAACAGAGAGAAUAUGUACACAAACAGAGAAAAGAGAACACAUAAAUUUGAGUGGAAUCAGAAGUCAUGCUGCAGUUGGGUUCUUCAAAAGGACGGAGUGUGACUGUAACAGAUUUUCAAGUGAAAAUUGAAGACUCUGUGUCAGAUUUUGAUGGAGAUUCUCCGUAAUUUGCAUGUUCAGUGUCCCUGUGCUGCCCAGCUAAGUCUGUUGUCAACAUGUUAUGCAUAUUUUUUUUAUGUGCAAUAUUUUUAUAACAAAACUAUGUAAAGAAAGAUAUCUCUUUUUAAUCAUAUUUAUUACAGGUUGUUGAAUUGCUCAUGAACGUAAAACGGUGACCAAGUUUGCACCAGGACAAUUAUAUUCAGUAUUACAGUGAACCAAAUGUGAAGACGAUACGAUCACAAGCUUUGUGUAGGAUA